UCACUGUGAUAUGAAGAAGAACCGACCGUAGUCCCGAGUCUGUGACGUACAAAUAGCUGCUACAGUCACUGUCAGAACUUGAGAAGGAAAAUUCAAUAACACGAUCCAGUCCGAGUACGGAAAUAGAGUAAUAGGAUGCAUGUUUGAUGAAGGUAAAAAAUCAGCAUUGCGAUUGUUUGAGCAAUACCAACAUACUAUGUUCCCCUUAAAAGAUGCGCAGCUUGGAGCCUUCACCUUCUUUGCUUCUGCUCUCCCACAUGAUGUUUGUGGGAGCAACGGGCUGCCCCUCACUCCAAACUCCAUCAAGAUACUGGGGAGGUUCCAAAUCCUAAAGACCAUAACCCACCCCAGGCUCUGCCAGUAUGUGGACAUCACGAGGGGAAAGCACGAGAGAUUGGUGGUAGUAGCUGAACACCAUGAGAGCAGUGUGGAAAACUUGCAGAAACAGAGGAAACCUGUCAGUCAUGUGAAGGUACUCCAAAUUGCCUAUGAGGUAUUAGAAGGACUAGAAUACAUGAACAGGCAUGGGAUGGUUCACAGAGCACUGGGACCUCGCAAUAUCCUCAUGGAUCAAAAGGGACACAUAAGACUGGCCAAGUUUGGUCUGUACCACAUGACUGAUCACGGUGCUGAUGUGGACUUUCCUAUUGGCUACCCCUCCUACCUGGCCCCUGAGGUCAUAGCUCAGGGCUUUGUCCACCCGACUGAUCCCACACGGAGUGAGAAGCCCCUGCCGUCAGGCCCCAAGACAGACGUGUGGUCCCUCGGUGUGAUUCUCUUUGAACUCUGUGUGGGGAGAAGACUUCUACAAAGUAUAGAAAUAAGUGAGAGAUUAAAAUUCAUUCUCAACCUGGGUUGCAUGGAUGACAUUGUGACGGUCCUGGCUGAAGAACAUGGCUGCUUAGAACUAGUUAAGGAGCUUCCUGAAAAUGUUUUAGCUUUAUUGAGGAAAUGCCUCACAUUUCUGCCUUCCAAAAGACUUACUCCUGCUGAAUUGCUGAGGGACAGUGUGUUUGAUGAAAUUUCUUCCUUCUACAAACCUUACCAGAAACCAGCCAGUCUUUUCUCAUCCUCUCUGCGUUGUGCUAAUCUAACACUCCCAGAGGACAUCCGUGAGCUUUGCAAAGAAGAAGAGGACUACCUAGCAGAACGAUCUGUUGAUGAGGUAUAUUACUUGUGGUGUCUGGCUGGAGGAGAUUUGGAAAAAGAGCUCACGAAUAAGGGAAUAAUCCAAUCAAAGCCUCCCAUCUGCACAUUGCCCAAUUUUCUCUUAGAAGAUGGAGAAGUAUUUGGGCAAGGAAAAGACAGGAGCUUUCUCUUGGAUGAUACAACUGUGACUCUAUCAUUGUGCCAGCUUAAAAACAGAUUGAAAGAUGUUGCAGGAGAAGCGUAUUAUCCAUUGCUGGAAGAUGAGCAGUCAAAUUUACCCCAGUCAAACAGCAGCAAUGAGCUGUCAACCGCUGCAACUCUUCCUCUCAUCAUUCGAGAAAGAGACACUGAAUACCAGCUCCACAGGAUCAUUCUGUUUGACAGGCUUCUGAAGGCAUACCCAUACAAAAAGAAUCAGGUUUGGAAAGAAGCACGAGUUGAUGUCCCCCCUCUAUUAAGAGGUCUGGCCUGGGCGGCACUGCUGGUAGUUGAGGGAGACAUUCAAGCUAAGUACGAUGCUACUGACAAAGACACACCUAUCCCAACAGAUAGACAGAUUGAGGUGGAUAUCCCAAGGUGCCAUCAGUAUGAUGAGCUGCUUUCAUCCCCCCAGGGCCACGUAAAGUUCAGACGGGUACUAAAAGCAUGGGUAGUGUCUCACCCAGAUCUAGUGUAUUGGCAAGGUUUAGACUCCUUAUGUGCUCCUUUCCUGUAUCUUAACUUUAAUAAUGAAGCCUUGGCCUAUGCCUGUAUGUCUGCAUUUAUCCCCAAAUACCUUUAUAACUUCUUUCUUAAGGACAACUCGCAUGUCAUACAAGAGUACCUAACCGUGUUCUCCCAAAUUAUCACUUUCCAUGACCCUGAGCUGAGUAACCAUCUCAAUGAAAUUGGUUUCAUACCAGACCUCUAUGCCAUUCCGUGGUUUCUCACAAUGUUUACACAUGUGUUUCCCCUGCACAAGAUUUUCCACCUGUGGGACACUCUGCUCCUUGGCAAUUCAUCGUUCCCAUUCUGCAUAGGCGUGGCAAUUCUCCAGCAGCUGAGGGACAGGUUGCUUGCCAAUGGCUUCAAUGAAUGCAUCCUUCUGUUUUCAGAUUUACCAGAAAUUGAUAUAGAACGAUGUGUACGGGAAUCAAUCAACCUUUUCUGUUGGACACCCAAAAGUGCCACUUACAGACAGCAUGCCCAGCCACCCAGACCUGCUAAUGACAACAAUGGAUUUAACAAAACAUCAUCUUAUUACUCCACGGACUAUCAAGAGCUCCCUAAAACAGACCUGUCUCGUGAACCUGUACGGCUAAGCGAGCUGAAGGCAGAGGUGUCCCCGCGGAUUUCAGCAGAAGAUCUGAUCGACCUUUGUGAGCUGACAGGCCUCAGCCAUUCCAAGACUCCCACCAAGAGGACCAAAUCAAGCAAACCCAAGAUACUGGUGGUCGAUAUUCGCAGUGGUGACGAUUUUAACCGGGGCCAUAUAUCGGGCAGCAUAAACAUUCACUAUAGCACAGCCUUCGGACCAGAGGGGGAGCUGGUCCAGUGUGGUGCCACAACAACUCUCCAGAGCUUCAAGGGAAGAGUCAUUGUGGUUGUCAGCCAUACAGUGAAGAGUGCAGCCAUUUUUGCAGAGCAUCUAGUGAAGGUGUCCUACCCACGGGUUUGCAUUCUGGACGGAGGCAUCAACAAGAUGAAACCCACAGGCCUGCUCACCGUCCCCUCUCCUCAGAUCUGAGCAGCAACUGAACACAAAGCAUUGAGUGGGCCGACUGUAGUGCAGGUUAUGCAGGUUUCAAAAAGAGAUGAAAGGGCAUUAAAAUAAAGGGAAAUGAAAGGGCAUUUUUUAAUUUAAAGGGUCAUUUAUCACCUGUAGAAUACAAAUUUAUUUUACAAGCGCCAAUAGUGUAUUUACUGUAUCCUGCUCCAUUUUUUUCAAUCAGCACACCAGCAGUGUUGGAAGAGGGAGCAUGAACUGGGUACGCUACACUGCCAAUAAAAGUAAAAGUUGAGGAACGUAUUUUUAGAUGAUUUAUGACCUAUGUGGUUUUACCGAAUUAUAGUAUGUAUUCAAUUUAAAAUGACCAUUCAGUAAAGAAAGUCACUAAUCAGCACUGUUUUUGAGUGGAUCAAAACAUGGAACACAGAUCAUUAUUAUACAUUACAAAAUCAAAGCAUUGACUCUUAGUAAAAAGGAACCCUUAUCAAGAGUACAAACAUUGUCACAUAAUAAAAAUCUAAUCAAAAACUAAGGGAGCAGGCUACAAAAGUUUGUAUUUUAUUUGAUUGUAGACACCCAACCUCAUCCAACUGCUUUGCAGUUUAGUGACAUGAAAGUAAAAUGUCAAGCAAAACAUAUUUAUUGGUGUGCUUGGAAAUGAUAUGUUCCUUGAUAAAGAUCUGAUCCUCUCCUUUUUAAUUCCAAUUUUAAACUGCUACUCUGUUAAGUGUGUCGGUGCCUCGUUUUAUGUUUUACAAAUCACUGUUGUGCAUGGCUUGGCAGCAAGAUUAAAGUGUUUGCAGAACGCCCCACUACAACAUUUUCUGCUUUUAGAAGGAUAAACGGGAUUUUGUUUACCUCUGGGCAUAGACUUUUGGAUGGUGUUGAGUCAGAAACCUGCAAAUGGUUUAACUGCUGCACACUUCAUGCUCUAAAUGUUCUGAUGUAACUCGCUUAAAAUAAAUACGGGAAAUUUGAAGUAAACUAAGAUCUUUGCAAAGGUAGUCAUACAAAAUGAACUGCUGACUGGAAUAGCACAGCAGGGGAGUAAGGCAUUCUAGUCGACAGGCAUCAUAUUAUGUUAUUAUAUUUUUUUUAUGUAUGCAAGAUAGUUACAAAACUAUGGCCCAUAUUCAUAAAACUUACCGUCUCCUAUCUUGUGCCAGUAAUAUUGUUUAACAUGACAGUAUUUCAUCGGGUGAUGCAUAAACACCAUUUACUGUCAAAAAACAUCACUCAUCGUGAUGUUAGAAUAACAUGCCUUUUUGCUGCAUGGACAUGUCAUAACCUAUUGUGUCAAGAUGUCACACGCUGCAGACCUGAAUACAGGUCUUACAAAGAUAAGUCAAAAUUGUAGACCGUUCCAAUCCAGUACUUUAUACUGUAGUAUGAAAGAUAACUCUCCUUUGACAAUAGACCAACAAAUUCAUAUACUAAUAAAAUGCCCAUCUUUAUUUUGUUUUUUUGUUUAGGACACUGAAACUACAGGUAUUUAAAUACUGCAUCAGUUUGUUUUUUUUAAAGUUACUUAGCCCUGAAAGAGUUAAUAACUUUUUAUCUGCACAACUCCCUACAACUCUAGAAUUGUUUGUAAUUUAUAAACUAUAGAGGAUUACUUUAUUCAAUCACAGAAUUAAUCCAGAUUUUUCCACAGUUGAGACAGCAACUGGAAAAUACAAAUGUCAAAACGCAUUCAUGCUUUUUGUCUUGUUUAUCUUCUGUACUCCUUUUAAAGAGCAGCUGACUGCACUGUUGGUAUUUGGGUUUUCCUGAUUGGAAUGAAAUGAGAUAUAAGCCAUUGCUUUGGAAUGUAAUCAGACAGGAGCUAAAGAAGAGGAACGUUUAACUCAAACUGGGAAAUCGAGGACCACUGUGUCACGUUUUCAAGAAAUUGAAAACAACAUGAUCUAUGUGCAGUCGGACGUGGCAGGUUACCGAUGGAGAAAAGCAAAGGUUGCAGAGGAUUGAAAUACAGACAGUAGUCAAUACGACCAGUAAUCCAAAGACUGAAUGCAGGUAUUGAAUUAGCUGUAGGGGUUAAACAAUAAUUUUGUAGUUUUUCCAUGGUUACACUAUGCAUUCACCAUGGUUUGCUGGGUUUUUUAAUAUGCUUUACCAUGCCUCUCUGUGCUUUACAGCAUACCUACCGUGCUUUCAUUAUGCUUUAUUACACUUUGCUAUGCUUUUACUAUGGGACACGUUUAUAAUGGUUGUUGUUAUGAGUAGAUUGUUACUAGUUUUAUGUCAACACUAGGUUUGCAUGUCCACAAUAUUGCUACCUACGCUCCUUGAUAUCAGUUUAGAAAUGUGCUUCUGUUCUCUGCAGCCACACAGUGUAUGAGUAAACUAUUAAUCAGAUCAUAACAACCUUGAAGCUUUCACUUUCUAAUGUUACCAUGCAAUUAGAAGGCAGCCUAACAGAACACUGCUAACCUCCUGCCCUUCACAGUGUGUGCAUACUGUAAACACUGUAGUGACGUCUUCCUUGGUCUCUGUGCCAGGGCUGUUCCCUGAUAAGCCACACAGCGAUAUAAACCUGGCACCACAAAACAAAGAAAGCACUGUUAUAUAUGUUAUAAAAAAAAAUCAAACAAGAUUCAGAUUCCGACAUUUCAAGUAAAUGAACUGCCUUUUUCAUGGGAGAUAACCAUUUUAUUUGCUUAUUUUAUGUGGGCAUUUUAGGCGUCACAGGUAUUUAACUUGGGCUGAUGUUGAAAAUGUAUUGUGAGAGAUUUGCACAGUCAGAGACAAAAGUAUUGGCACCCUACACUUAAUAUAAGAUCAUUCAAGAAAGCAUUUAGUCAACAUUAGCCACUCAUUAAUAUGAUAAAGACUAAAAUGCACAAUUUCUGGUAGUUUAACAAACAAUCUUUAUAUAUAUUUAAAAAAGCAAAAGCAUUUAAGCAAUUUCAAAUAUUUGUUCAUGACCAAAGUAUCGGCACCUUUACAUUAAAAGUCUGUAAAAAUGUAAUUGAACUAAUUUAAAAAAUGCAUUAAUUGAUUGUAAACCAUCACACAGCUGAAUUAUAAAGUCAAUAGUCAGAAAAAUAGGUAAUUAUUUCCAACAUCUGUUGAAGAAAGUUUUAGCAACAUGGCAGACAAUGGUCAAGACAAAGGAGUUGGAUUCACAUAUUGAGAAAAUCACUCGUAGCAAACUACAACAAAAAAAAAACGUUACAUAACAGUAUCAAAGAAAUCUGGAAUACCAAAAUCCACAAAUCAGAGUAAUAAUCAAGAAGUAGCACAGAACAAAUUCAACUGAAUCUCUUCAAAAAAAAAUAGUUGACUUGUGUUUUUGAUGCAAGUUCGAUCCGCUUUUAUUGUGCCUGAAAAACACAAGUCAAGUUAGAAGAAACAAUUGGGGCAGCCUUGGCCCCCAUCGGUUUUACAGUUGUGCCUAUUUGCUUGGUGCUGGGCAAGGUUGCCCCAAUGGUUUCUUGAAACUUGGCUUGUGUUUUUGAUAUCUCCACUUUAAAUGGAUGGGCACUUUUGACAACUUGCCGUUUUUUUCACAUUUCCAAUUUGUUUUUGUUUCAGAUAUCACUUAUUUUUUCACUUAAUGGAUACACACACAUUAUGGGAAUAGCAAAAUUGUUCAACCUUUAUUGAGGCAAUGUAUUGCUGUUUGGAUAGGAUAAAUGUAAAUAGUAGCCUAAUCUGUUGAAAGGGUUAAGAUGUGAAUCUGUGUAGCGUAGCUGGAGUGAAAGUAUGACUAGUUAGGGUUCAAAUCCUGCCUGAUAGAUAGAUAGAUAGAUAGAUAGAUACUCAAUGAAAGUGUCAUUCAUAUCAACUACAUUUUUUUUCACUUAAAAAAAUGUGUUUGUUACACACACACACACAUAUAUAUA